AUGGGGACGCGCAAUGUGGACAUCACUGCCGCAAAACAAUACCUCCCGCUUCUCAUAUCCUAUGUAAUCGACUGGGUGUUCAUCAUCAUCUCGUUCCCGUACACCACAGACGAGACGGUGAGCACCGCCGUCCUGGUCGUCGUGGCGCUCAUCGUGCCGGCGGUGAUUAUCGUUCUCGUGACCCUGGUCAUUAUGCCCGGGUCGUGGAAUCGUGGUACAGCCUGGCGGGUGAAGAUCUGGGAGUGGAAUGCCGGGUGGUUGGGGCUGGGGCUGGCGGUUGCCGCGGCGUUUAUGGCUACCGAGGGGUUGAAGGAUUUGUAUGGCCGGUCGCGGCCGGAUCUGUUGGCUCGCUGUGAUCCUGAUCUGGGGAAUAUUGAUGCUUAUGUGGUUGGAGGGCUUGGGGGACAGGUGGACGCGCGCCGAGGGUGGUUGGUUGGGAGAUCUGUAGGAAUAGGGGCAAGGAGUUGGUCGUGGAUGGUUGCGUUUGCCGGGUUGACCUAUCUGAGUCUCUGGCUAUGCGCGAAGUUCUCCAUUGGAUUCCCCUAUCUGGCGCAUUCGCCCCUUGGCCUGGACCUGCGCGGCCAGAAGCGCGAGGCCAUUCGCGACCUGGGCGCUGCGCCUCCCGUCCUCCUGCUCAUCCUGGCCUUCGUGCCGACGGCGGUCGCCUUCUUCAUCUCCGCGUCGCGCUGGUUUGACUUCCGACAUCACGGAUUCGACAUUAUCUUCGGCUCCGUCAUGGGCAUGGUCUUCGCCUGGGGUGCAUUCCGCCUGUAUCACCUGCCUAUCAUGCGCGGUGGCGGCUGGGCAUGGGGCGCCCGAGGUCGCCGACAUGCCUUCUUCAAGGGCGUCGGACUCCCCAGCCACAUCGGCGGCGACAACUGGUCCAGCAUGAACGACGGUCCCCGGAGGGAAGAGCGCGCAGCAGGUCAAGACGGCGAUCUGGAAAGCGGGCCACGCAACCUGGCAGAAUAA